AUGGAGGAUAGAACAGAAGAUUAUUAUAACAUUCAGAACAACUCAAGCUAUAUAGCGACUGAGAAAGCGAGCUAUACACCUCAUAUUGACACAGACUCGAUGGAGAACUUAUCAAACCACAAAAGUUCUUCAUCCCUUGAAGUCGGAAAUGAAGCAGAUCUGACUUCAAUUCCAAUGGAUAACCUUCAUGAAGAGAUCAAGGAAAGCAUUUCCCAGAUUAAGAUGAAGUAUCAGAAAUCUAAAUAAUUAUGGUGAUGCAAAAGGAUCUAAGAGAGUCAAAAGCCAUAAUUUUAUCCCUGAAUUAGGAGAUGAGCAAGCCUAUAACACUAAUUUGUUGAAGGAUAAUCCUCCUAUUGAUGCGAAACUUGUGAAACAAUACCAUUCUAAUCACUUGGGGCUGGUUAAAUCUUUCAAAAAUGAAUGUGCAAGUCCUGAAGUUAAUAUUCCUCCUUCUUCUAAGAAUGCCCAUCACAGGGUAAACUCAAGAACCAGAAAUUUUUGUGUUCAGAACCAAUCUAAGACAGAAAAUGAAUUGAUCAAGGUGGAGAACUUGCAGUGGGUUUCUGAUCCAAAGAACAAUACAAAUGAUUUCCAGAACUAUCUGACUGAAUAUAAGGAUGCCCAGACUUUUUCAAGUGGAAUCUCAAGUCCGCAUAUUCGAAGCCCUUCCUUAUUAGAGACUUUGGAUAUGGCUCCGGGAAAUCACAGUAGGAAGGACUCCAAAAAUAUAAACGAUUCAGGUCUAAUGAAUAGGAUCCUGAACAAUCAGGAGAACUCUCAUCAGAUAUUUAAGAGCUGGAAGCAACAGAACCAGUCGCUUGGAAGUAAGACGAAUGGAGACUUGACAAUGUCUCCUGCAGAUAUGAACAAGUUGUUCAAUGCAAUGCAGCUAAAUUCUUUUGACAAGAAGAUUGUGUUCCAACAAGAAAGCUCGAAUAGUAAUGAGCCUUCCUCAUCAGAGCCUCCUAGGGUGCUCCUAACAAGUUCAAAAGAGAGUUCACCUAGGAAUAUGAAGAUGAGGAUCCUUCAGAAUACUGAAGCUAAUUUAGAAAAGAUCUUGCAUAAUUUACAGAGUAGUUUGGUUAAAGAACAGAUAGUAAAUAUGAGAAAGACUCUGAGCUCAGUGCACAGCACGAAACUUAUGAGCAUUAAGUCAGAAUAUGAAGUUCUCAAGCUGCAGCUGGAUAACAGCUUGUUCAAUGCUUUGAGAGACCUUAAUUCAGUUGCUCAAACUAAGGAUUUGAAGCUUCAUGAAAUCUUGAUUGAUUACAAUAACAUGCUACAUGCCUCUGAAUCUGUUAUUAAAGGAAUUCAGGAAGCUAACAAAAAGAACGAGAUUGAUAAGAAAUAUGAUGAUAUUAUGAAAGUAGCGGAGAAGAUCAUCCUCAAGCACCAACUUCUGUUGCAAAAUACAGACGAGGCUCUUUCUAAUAUGAAGAUACUUGAGCUGCCUGAUAUUAAGAUCGGUCAACGCCUCACUUUUGUGCAGAAAAUGGAUGACAGCCAGAGUAAUAUUGAGAAUGAUUCUUCAGCUGAAAUCAAGCAUGAAGAUGCUCAAGAUACAACUAACGAAUAUAAUGAUAGCGACGAUACCAUCAGAGAACAAGAUUAUACGAACUCCAACGACGAUACUAUGACUCUAAAGGCAGAAAGUAGCAACAGAAUUUCCGGUUCUUUCAUAAUCCCUGAGCUUCCAAAGCACAAGACUGGCAUGAGCUCAGAUCUCCGUAAGAGCGUGCCAUUCUCCCAAAAUCAGACUCCAAACACCAUGCAGAACCUAAAAUACCGUCCUUUAACAAGCCAUAAUUCUAAGAAAAACAUUUCCGUGCCUCGGCAGCUCAAUGAAGAAGUUGUGGAGAACAAGGACGUCUUCUGCAGCCAAGACAUCAGUCAGGAGAAUUAUAUGUAUGAGAACUUGGUCCAUAAUCUACAAAAUAAGUUCAUGGUCUGAAAGAAACAAAUCGAAGAGAGAUGUCUCCCCUUGUUGGAGGGUUAUAAGCCACCCAUGCAGAAGUCACAGUCCCAAUAUAUUAGGUAUGAUGAAAACCAGAAUCCGAAACAGUUGAGAAGUUAUGGACAGAGUUAUAAAACAAUGCUUAUCAACAAUGUAUCUGGAAUGGUUCAAGAGGGAUCAGCGCAGCACUACCAACCUCAGAUCGAUAAAAGGAUUCUAACAAAGGCUGAGAAGAACUUCGAAAAGAGAAGCCGCUCUAUUAACAAAGGCAAUAAAGCCCGAAAGAAAAAGUAUCUAAGGUAAAAAGUGGAAUAUUCAACUCUAA